ACAGGCAACUGGGCAAGGUCGGCCUUUUCAUUUAUAUAUAUAUAUAUGUAUGUGUACAUUAAAUCAACCUCCAGCCGCCCUGCCCACCUCCGCGCGCAAACACACACCCAGUCCCAGGCCAUGAGAACAAGCUCCCGCCAGGAAACACAGUGACCGAGGCAGCGACCGAGGGAGGAGGCAGCAGGCAGCGAGGAGCGGCCGCGGGCAGCCGAGCGACGCCAGCAGCACCAUGCACUCGGAGGUGGAGAAAUUUUCCACAAAUUCAACAUCUAUUCUGGAGUUGUAUCGUUCACAUGGAGAAAAUCUGGAGCAAAAGAGUGAGAGCUCUGUAAGCACUGGCGAUGUGGAGUACAGCAGUAUGCUAAUGCUUGAAGGAAUGCCAGCUAUACGAAUCAAAACAGAGCUGGUGGAACCUGGGGAAGGGGUUUCAUCUGCCCAUGGACUCUCAUCAAAGUGUCAGCCUCCUGUGGCGAAUAAGCUCUAUACAGUCCCAGCUUCUGAAUGUGAGGGGCCGGAAUCAGUCCCAAUGUUGAUAAAUAAUGUGAAAAUGGAAUCGUCUAUGUUGCUUGAUGAUCUGAAGAAAGAUUCACCGGUGUUACUCAGCACCAUUAAAAUGGAACCACCAGAGGAACUGCUUUCAAAUGAUGAUAACCAGCCACAGACAGAACCUGUUGAUCUGUCCUUAAAUAAAUCUAGGACCUCGCCCAUAGCGCCACUAGUUACAACGUCAUUUCCGGUUAUAGCAGCCUCUUCGUUUUCUUCUUUGGACAACUCGUCUAUGAGAUCAGUCAACAUUACUUCAGCCAUCCCAGCAGUGUUAUCGCCAGGUUCCAUCUUGGCCUCCUCCCAGGGGGUUGGUGGCCAGCAGAUUCUGCACGUCAUACACGCUGUGCCCUCAAUCAGUUUACCUAGGAAAAUGGGCAACCUCCAACAUCUGCCUGUGGUGGUCCAGUCAUUGCCUGUGGUCUACACGGCUGUGCAACCUGAUGGCAUCUUGUCAUCAAUCACUGUCCCUCUCAUUGGGGAUGAUGGAAAAAGUGAAGGUGCAGUGAGAAUCGAUCAGAGUCCCAUGUCCCCCACGGAGACUAAAACUGACAGUGAGGAAGAUGAUGAUUCCCCCAACAUAUCAUUUGACAGUGUUCAUGAGAGCAACUCUACCAUCCUCAAUGUGUCGGGGGCAAUGAGAGAGGAGGACUCGGUUUGGCCUAUUGAUCCGGCCCGGCUGCUGGAAGAUCCGUUUGGUGCCCAGAGUUUGCACGGAAUACGACGAUUACCGAGGUCUGAGUCACCUGAUGCAAAAAGGAGGCGUGUCCAUCGGUGCGACUUUGAGGGAUGUAAUAAAGUGUAUACGAAGAGCUCUCACUUAAAGGCACACCGACGGAUCCAUACAGGAGAGAAACCCUACCGAUGCACCUGGGAAGGAUGUACAUGGAAGUUUGCACGCUCCGAUGAGCUGACGAGGCAUUUCCGCAAGCACACCGGCAUAAAGCCUUUCAAAUGCUCAGACUGUGACCGCAGCUUUUCCCGCUCGGACCACCUUGCACUGCACCGUAGAAGACACUUGAUGAUGUGAAGGUACUUUAAGGCCAGCUUCACAUCAGAGUCCGAGCUCUGCCUCCAUCCAAUUAUUCAGCAUUGCUGAAUUCUGACAGCGCCUGCUGCAAGAUGGCACCUGUGGAUGCCAAUUCAGAGAAAAAUAAAGAGAGAGAGAGAAAGAAAGAGAGCCCACCUGCCCUCAAAGACUGAAACUGGUCAAACCAGCUUUCUUUUUGAUGUUAAGUACUGACUGCGUUUAUGUAAUUUAAACCCGACCUGUCAUUUUGUCAUGAAUUUUUCUUCUUACUUACGUUAACACAGGGCAGAAAAAAAGCAGGCAGCUUCUUAUUCACUGCCCAAAUCAUGUUAAAUUACAAUGACAAACUUGUUGGCUGAUGAAUAACACAAGAUUAUGUAAAAACAGAAUUGAGGUUGGUAUGAAUCAUUGGUGUUGUGUCUUUUAAAGAACAAAAUAUUCUUUUCACAUUGUAUCAUAUUUUCCAUUUAAUGUGAACGAUUUAAACAGUGGGAACUCCUAACAUUUUAACUGAUUUUAAUAUUCAGUUUUUAACUGCUCAGUGCUGAGGUGUAUAAAUGUUACUGAUACAAAGUGAAUUUAUUUCCUAUGUUUCAGCUGUGCAUUGCACAUGGAAAGAUAACGCAAAUCUACUUAACAAAUGAUAAACAGCUUUCCUUCCCCUGGUAGCAAUCUUCCUGGCGAAUGAAAUAAAAUCACAAUUGUGACAUAAA